UUUAAACUCACGUGUGUUACGUAAUUAAAAUGCAAUAAUUUGGUGAUUAAACAAAGACUGACGCUGUAAUUGUGUGUUAAUUAACUAAAAAAAGACAUUUGUGCCAGCAUUUGAUAAAAUCUCGAAAUGACACUUCCAAACACGAACGAUAACGUCGACGUUUAUCGCGAUACUCUCGUCCGAUAUUUAGGUUACAGCAACGAAGUCGGCGAAGCCUUCCGCAGUCUCGUAAAGAAGCAACUUGUUCACGCAAGUUAUGCCGUCGCAAUUGGUUACGUUUUGUGCGAUACUGUCGACAAGGCAAAGAAAAAACACAAACUUCCAGAAGCUCUUGGAGGCGGAACACGCGGCGCAUUGGUUGCAAGCGGAGACACUCUCAUUUGGCAAAUGUUGGCAAGCGUCGCGAUUCCGGGAUUCACGAUCAACAGAAUUUGUUGGGGAACACGGAUGAUCCUGAAGAAGACAAAAGCCGCCAAAGCUGGAAAAUGGAUUUCCACAAUUGUCGGAUUGGCGUCAAUUCCGUUGAUUAUUCAUCCAAUUGAUCGCGGCGUGGAUCAAUUAAUGGAUAAUACGUACAGAAAAUACGUUUCUUGAUGAACGUAAAAAGAGGAAUUGGAGCUCAAUGAAAGUUACCGUACUGAUUUUGGUGCACAAUUAGGGGUUUAAGGAUUUUUUGACUAUAAUUAGGAGUUAAAUUUUUAGUGUAAUGAGCUCGAAACGAAAUAAAGAUAUUUUACGCUUUAACUUGAA